AGCACGAACUGCUGGACGGACAGACGGAGCAGUCUAUGCAGAGCCUGGGAGGGAGCCUGCCGUGCUCUGCACCAGGACUAGAGCGGAGCGUGGGACCAUGCUGUUCAUCUGGGCACUGGUGUUAGCUGGAGUCCUGCAGGAACGGGAGCUCUUCGCUGCUGCAGACCCUACCAGUCUGUUACCUGGAAGUUUGGGAAGCUGGUGCCAUGAACAUGAUACAAUGCAUGAACGCUUAGAUAUUAUUGAGGAGAAGGUAAUAAAAACUGUGGAACAUCUAGAAUCAGAAGUCAAAUCACUCCUCAGUAUCAUCACUGAGACAACAUCAGACCUCCCCAUCGCCGCAGGAACCCCACUGAUAGACAUUUUCGAUGGUAAGUAUCUAGUGGGAUAUAACCUAAGCCAACAACGACGUUGCAUGUGCUGUUCUGAAUGUCAACUUCUUUCCACAUCAGAUGAGAAAUAAUUCAUUCACUCAACUCAGUGCAGUGAAGGCCUCAGUUGAAAUACAGGGUUCAGUUUUGGACAGUGUCACAACCACCACUAAAGAGAGGGGAACAAAAUAAACAAACAAACCAGGCACAGAGCUAGAUAUAGGAGGUACACAGAAAGGCUGAUCAACUGGGGAUAUGAACAUUGGCCAAUUAAGUGUGGAACGGCCCAUCUGAGUAAGGCUGCUGCAAAGACAAAAGCUCUACUUCCUCACCACUGCAAAAGUGGGUAAAACAAGAACCAAGUCAACAACAGAUUCAAGAAAAACACAAUACUUAACUUUCAUCCAAGGACAGUAAACCUCUGCAAUGAUAUGUCUGUAGUUCCCCCAGCACUAGAAAUGUUAAACAGUGCUCUGUUCUCUUCAGUCUCUGCCUGACUAACAAUAGUUCAUUUAAGAGGUGAGAGACACUGCUGGUACAGAGUAAACCUCUUGUGGCAAGCAAUGAGAAACACCCAGCCACUGUUAUGAAGUCAGUUUUGUCAUUUUUCGUAAUAACUGUAUGUAUGCACAUAUAUUCACAUGUUACAGUGCACUUCUGUGAUACAGUGUGGGCUGAAAGUAGGCAGCAGUACAACUUGUGUUUUUUUUAGCUCUUGUUGCAGUUGGCUGUACAGAAACAGUCACCAAAAUUGUUUGAGAAGCUAAAAAUUACAUUUAUGUCCAAAACUCUCUAAGGGGCAGUUAAUAGGUAAGAAUUAACCUAUGCCCCUGCAAUGACCAUUUAUGUAAGCAAGUGUUCCAGUGAAGCGUUACAGUAAAUUUAAAAUGGAAAUCCCAAGUCAACCUCUGCCUAUUUGUAACACACCUACAGUAAGUACCGAUCAGAUUUAGGUUGCAUUGACUAACCAAGAAUAACUAUAUGACAUGACAUCCUCUUUACACAGAUGCCAGCUGAGCACAGCAGAGACUGAAGACAGCUGAAAGUAACAGGAUGGCUGUUGUAAAGAGUUGGAAUUUUGUUCACUUAGAAAGCUCCCUGGUGUUUCCUGAACUUGAACAGAGAUGUACAACCCUGAACAGUAUCUUUCCUUCCAUGUUCUUGUGCUUUUCAAUAAAAAAGGUAUUUGCUUUUA